GGGAUAGAUACCGUAGUGCAGCAUUCGAGAACCCAAAGUUUUUGUUUUUUGCUAGCCACUCCUGUGACUAGGCUAGUUUCAGUGACAGACGCGUUUGGUGUACUACGCCUACACUAGUCUUCUGACAGUGGGCCAGUCAUCCGUCUGACGUCACCGCACGUGGGAGUAGCAUAUAUCAACGUCGUCUUCACUUUCCUCAAACCUUAAGCCUCAAGUACCGAGUCUUCGCGUUAACAAACAACAUGCAGGUAAUCGAGGGGGCGACAACAAAUUCAAAAGCAAAUCUCUCCCCGGUCUCGGACAUCAUUCAUGCACUGCAAAAUAUCCUCGCACGUUCACAAUCGGUGACCGUAUGUCGCUUCCGGUAUAUGAUCGGAUGUCGUUUCAUUGAUGAUGAACAGAUUCCAGAUCUUGAAACCCCAUACUGCAGACUCCCCAAUACCGAUCAGACUGCUAUUCCCAAAGGUCAGAGACUCAUUAGCACCAUCAUCACCGAGCGCCAGCAGCAGUUGGAUGCAGUUUUGCACGAAAUCUCAGGGCUGGAAACUGUGAUGGAUGGUAUAAAAAAUCUUCAUCAACAACUCGUAGAAAAGAAGGACAGGAUCACCCAGUCCAUGAAUUUGCACAAGGGACUCGGAUCGGCUCUCUGGCGCUUGCCAAAUGAACUCCUAUCCCACAUUUUUGUUUACUGUCUCCCGGAAGCCAAGUACUUGUCGCCCGAAUCAGAGCCGCCCAUGCUGCUGACCAGAAUAUGCCGACGAUGGAGGGAGGUUGCUCUGGGUAUACCCAGUUUAUGGUGCCGAUUGUGUAUGGAAUUCGUCAACAACAGUGACUGGCAGUGGGCAGCUGUCCGCUACAACUCAUGGCUCAAGCGAUCGCGGGGAUGUCCCCUCUCGUUAGAACUCCACUGCGACGCAGAUGACUUGACCAAGCUACGAAGCCUUCUUCGGCCUUACAUCAAUCAAAUUUCGUCUCUCUCUAUCAAAAUUUCCGUACCAGGGACCCAACCUGAACUUUUGUUAAAAGACCUCCCAGCACUUCAGGAGCUGACCAUAUGGUGGAACCAUGAUGAUCCACCCAUUGCACAAUCUAUCUCACGACUCCCGUCCACUCUGCGCAGUCUCCUUGUUGGAGAGUCGUGGUUCGACGUCGGGGACAUAUCUUCUUCCAAUCCAGUAUGGGCCCACCUCAUAAAUGUCCAGAUCGACAUAAUUCGUCCGAAUGCAUUCCUCCACUUGCUCCAGCUAUGUCCCAACCUCUCCUCGUUAGCGGUUUCCACAGAUUUUCCUCAAAUCCAAACGCAACCAUUAGAGCCAUUCACACACACCAAACUUCGAUUCUUAGGCAUCGAUUCUGUCUUUUUGGGCGCGCAUUCUUUACCUGUCCUGUUCGAUGCUCUGUCACUCCCCAAUUUACGGGUGUUUGAAACUUGCGAGGUAAUACCAUGGCCUCAUGAGGCGGUCAAGGCAUUAUUGGUACGGUCAAAGUGUCCCCUGGAGAGCCUUAUUUUCAGCGGUCGUCGUAUAGCGACGAUCACGGAUGAGCAGCGUGCGGAAUACACUGCCCUUUUUCCUUCCCUCGAAAUAGUAAGUACUGUAUAUCAAACGUAACCCCUGUU